UGUAUGACGAGUGGGUUGUUUACGAUUCGACCCAACGCGGGUUUGCAAGCGACUUGUGUUUAUUUCCCCCAAAAGUGUCGCGCGUAUGCUUGCCGCCAGCUUUUCGCUUAGUCCCCAAAACCAUCAAUAGGAAAUGAAAGCAAUUAAUAAGCUGUUGUGACAAUACCGAUGCUUUUACCGUACGCGACGCGUGUGACUGUGCGGUGUCCGUUGUGCCGAUAGUACAAAGGUUUUGUGUAGCAUUCCGCGCGCGCUAUUUUCCCUACCCACGGGGUGCUGUCUACGCUGAAGCAGCAGCAGCAGCCGCAAUCUCUUGCCCGUGUGCCGGCGUCGAUGCGGCGGAAGUUGCGUAGGAAAUGCAAAACACCAGCUGCGAACCAUCGGAAGCAGCAACAGCGGCCGUGGACGAGGAAGCGAAUGCUAAAUAUCGGCAAAAGUACCGUCGUUUGAAGCGCUACAUGACCGAUAUGGUGUUUGAAAAUGCCGCACUAAGUGACCACAUUGCACAGGUGCAGGAAAAAAUAGGUCAGGUUAGUGAAGAGCGCCGGUUUCUGCUCAAGAAGCUGCUCGAUUAUGAGCACGAGAUGGAAACGCAGCUUGGCCGACCGUCCAGCAAGCUGAACGAGUUGAUAGCAAACAGUUUACCACCGAAACGACAGUACAAGAAGCGGGACAAAAGUGCCACUGUUAAUGGAGCGCCGAAUGCGACCACUUCCGGCGAGGGACCGGCGGACGCGCCACACGAUACUCAGGGAACCGUGCCGGACGGGACGGUGGAGGUGAAAGUUGAGAAGGACGAAGAGGCGAACGGGAAAUCAGGAGCGGGCGAGCAACACGGUGGUAAAAAUGGUCACCGGGUAGGCAAAAAGCGAGGACCGGCGGGAAAAGGUGAUCAGGCGCCGGAUGGUAAACCGAGACGGAAGGGUCGGCUCGGUGGCAAUGGGAAGAAACGUAUGCAAAACAUAACGGUUGACCAGUCGGGCCAUCCGACGUACCCGUUGCCGGUAGGUAGCUUUACCGUGCACAGUCUGGGUGAAAUUGUACCGGAUCGGCCGGCUUUUCACACGGAAUGUGCGCUUUAUCCGAUCGGCUACACGAUCACCCGACCGUACGGUCACUAUAAAGAUCCGGAAAAACGUUGUAACUAUACCUGCCGCGUGAUGGACGGUGGCGAACGGCCACGGUUUGAAAUCGUCCCCGACGAUUCCGAUCCGGCGGGCACAAGUGGAGAGGCUGGUGAAACGAACGGCACCAGUGCCGAGGAGGACACAGCAAUCAGUGGCCCAACGACGGACGCUUGUCAUGCGGAGCUGUUGCGCAGGAUCAACACCGCGCUCAACAUACGCUCGAUCGAUUCCCGCCCGAUGGGUGAUUGGUUCUUCGGCCUGGCGCAUCCAACCAUCGCGAACCUCCUGCAGAGCUUACCGGCUGCGAAGGCCUGCCCGAGUUACAGGAUCGUUAAGCGGAAGGAAACCGAGGCCAGCAGGGAGAAGGAGAACGAUCCGGCACUGAGCUACGAUGCGCUGGUGCGCCACAUAACCAUCUCGACGUAUCGUACCGUGCCGGAAAUCAAGGAAGAACCACCGGACGAACUGUUCGACCACUCGGACGGUAAUUCGUUCAGUUUGUCGGUGUAGUAGUCGUCGGUGGUCGUCGUGUCGCUCAUUUUGUACAUAGGAUGUAGUCGUUGUGAAGUGGAUAGCAAUGAUGGGCACCUCCUCGUCAGGAGUAUUUUAAACGUUCCCAACGUGUGGGGUGGGCAAAAGAAUCCGAUACCAAGGAAUCCCGAAACCGUAAUAGGGCAAUAAAGAGAACCUUUCGUUUGCAAAGACUAAUACCAAACCGGGAGUGGUGAUCGACGCGGUCGUAUUAUA